ACGUUUCAAAUUAAGGGAAUGGUUCUUGCAGUAAAGCUGUUUUAGAGGAUUUAUAUUUAUUGGUGCGGAUGAACACUGACAGGUGUUGCAGGUCCAACACUCUCAUCUGUGUCACACGUGAACUUUGUUACUUGAGGAGAGAAUGUCAGUUUGUCAAAUUCAUCUUGUCUCUCUCCUCAUCAAAGAACACUUUGGUGACAUUGUAGAGAAGGUCUGCACUCACCUCAUCAAGAAUGGUGCGAAACCUUUACGUAUUGCCUCCCAGGAAACUGGACUCAAACUUGACCAGGUGCGGAAAGCAUUGUGUGUCCUUAUCCAGCACAAUAUUGCGUCAUUUGGCCUACACAAGCGGGGCUUUGUAGAGUAUACAGCCAGCGUGGAUCGGGCCCUGCUGUUGGUGCGGUACCCGCGCUACAUCUACUGUGCCAAGACGCUGUACGGGGAUGCGGGUGAGCUGAUUGUUGAGGAAAUUCUCCAACAUGGCCAGAUGAUGAUGAGCAGCAUGGUGGCUCGGGUAACACAGAGGCUGUCGGAAGGUGGACAGCCAGUCACCGCAGACGACGUCAAGGAGAAGAUGGAGGACCUGAUCCACACCCACUUCCUCCAGAGGGUACCAGCCCCACCUACUAACAAUGGCAACACCACAGAUGCCAAUGUUGCCAUCCCCAAGCUGUUCAUCAGUGAGCAAGACCUGUACAGGGUACCGGCAAGCAUUGAAGUAACACUAGAAAAGGACAGCUCAAAACGGAAAAGAUCAACAGAAGAUGAUGACCCACAGAGAUCCAGUAAAAGACUCAAAAUAGAGAAUGCAGAGCAUGCAGCCGAUGAGGGUAUCCUUUGGCAUUUGAACUUUGAGCGGUUCCACAAGUAUCUACUGGACCAUGAGAUAGUGCAGGCCGUGAGUCGCAGGAUAGACUGGAAUGCAGCGGAGGUGGUUCGCACCAUGCUGAGGAUUAGCGAAUUAUCCACGGGGCUGGAGGACAAGUUGUCCAAGCCCAUCUCCAUCAAUGAUCUGAUGAGGCAUCUACCCGUUGAGAACCGUAUGAAGUUUGGCAUCGUGGAACAGUACUUCAAGCUACUCUCUGAUGACCAGACUGGAAUCGUGAAAAAGACUGACGAGGCCGGAGGAGGCACAUACAUCAUUGAUUUCCAGAAUGCCUGUCGUGCUCUGGUGGUCUCCACCAUCGAAUCGGUGGUGCAGGAAAGGUUCGGCUCCAAGAGCUUUCGCAUCUUCAAGACCCUACUGCUCAAGAAGUACCUGGAGCAGAAACAGGUGGAGGAGUUUGCUCUCAUCCCAGCCAAGGAAGCCAAGGAGCUCCUCUACAAGAUGUUCUCAGAACACUUCGUUACCGUGCAGGAGAUUCCCCGCACUCCGGACCAUGCCCCCUCCCGCACCUUCUACCUCUUCAUGGUGGAGGUGGGCCAGGUUAGCCGCAUGCUGCUGGAGCGCUGCUACAAGGCUCUGGCCAACCUUGUCUGCAGACGAGCAUUUGAGACUAAAGAGAACAAACGCUUGAUUGAGAAGUCCCAGCGCGUGGAGGCCAUCGCAGCGUCGCUGCAAAGUGACGGUGCCGACCAAUCGCAGACAGCAGAGGUGGAAGAUAUGAUCACACCCUUGGAGAAGAACCAGCUGGAGAAAUACCGUGGCAAAAUUUCCAAGUUGGAGCAGAGUGAGCUGCAGGUGGACUGUACCAUUUUCACAUUGGGUAACUUCUUGCUACAGGAGGCUGGUAGCUGAUGCGAUACCUGGGCAGGUCCUUCUGUCGCUUUGCCCCUGGGCUGUGAGUUAUUAUCGCGCCAAGGGCCUCUUCACACACAUGCCCAUUGAACAGGAUUCUUUUUAGGAAAAAACUUGGAACAUGUCAGUUUCAGAGAGCCAGUUUACAUCAUGCAGUGCCACAAUAAACAGCCAAGUUCAGAAACCUGAGCAAUUGUACAACAAACUGCAUUCUGACAAAUGUUAAAACAUUAGUCGGUACUGCAUUGGGGAGCUGGUCAGCACACUGGUGUACACAGGUCCAGGCCACUCUUUGUCACAUAGCCAGUCACGUUUUCUGCCCAAGGGGCCAAACCCUCACAAUGUGAAACUAGGCAGUGUGACCUUUGAUCUCUAUAUAUUGACUGCAUAGCGUGCCAAGACUGAGUACUGAGUGAACGCCACCAGGUGCCAUACUUGGAGGCACUAUGUGCAUUAUCAAGUCCCACAACAGUAACCUGUCAUGUCAGGACUCUUAUACGCUAAGUUUGUUUUUAUUUAUGCUCUGAGUAAUCAAACAGAAAGUUUUCUUGAUCUUUUACCUGUGAAUUAUUUCAUUAUCUCUUUAUACUGCUCAAACACUUGGAAAAUCUAUAAUUGUGCAUGGCCUAUCCUGCUUGGAAUGUGGUGGCAGCCCUCUUUGGAGGUCUAGCUUUAGUGAGCAGGUCAUGGAAAAUCCUGGGGAAAAAAGCUGUCCUGGAAAGUCAUGGAAAUGUGGUGAAAAGGUGUCCUGGAAUCCUGUUGGUUGAGGAAAAAAAUGGAAGAGUCGUGGAAAUCAAGAUCAUGUCAGGAUCAUUAUGAUGGGUUGCUUAUGAUGUGAAAACAGAAUAAAGAUAAAUUUAUAUGUCAAUCUGAAGUAGUGGCUAUGGCAGUCUUCCAAAUCACAAUACCAAACAACUUUUCUCUGCAGUCAUCAAACUUUGAUUUUUAGAUUUUUGUGGGAACCCUGAUUGAGCCAUAAAGACCUAUUUUAGGUUGCCUUCUUCGUUAACGUAUUACCAAAUACCAAUUGUCAGAGAUUAUUUGUAUACUGAAAAUAAAGUAGGAUUUUUAAAGAUUUUUUUAUACUCAAUACAUCUUAUUAUCAGGAAAGACUGAUAUUUGAGGCUUGUCCGUCAUAGCAAGUGAUACUCGGUGAUUACCUCAGUGUGUGGAAAUCUGAAUUAUAAACAACCCAGAGUAUAUCCAGACAACUUUCUGACACUUGUUUUCUGUCCUCCAGUAAUGGACAGAUAAGACAGAAUUUCACACAGAGGAAUUUGGGGUUGAGUGUUCCACAGUCUUCACUCCCAAGUCUGGUAAAGAUUAAAUUGACUUACCCAAUAACUUCUAGUGACUUCCCAGGGUCUAGUUUAUUUGCCAAUGUAACAACCAGAACUGAGUCAUAGCCUUGUUAUGAUUCACAGUAGAGUUAGUCUAAACUGCAUGCACAGUAAAUAGAGGGCAAAUUGGCGCGAGCUCACAUUCACAGUCGUGGUGAAUAACCACUAAAACUUUGAUGAAUGCUCACUUGCACAUGGCCAUGAAAAUCAAUUUGUAACCAAGGAUGUUUUGGAUAGAAGUAAGCGACUUUGUGUGGAGUAUUGUUAGUGUAAGGUAGCCAUUCCAGAGCACAUGCAACGGCAAAGCUGCAUGUGAGGAUGAAUACUCUAGAGUAAAAGAGACAUGCAAAUUGACCUUUUUGAACUUAGGUGUAAAUAGAAGAUGUGUUAAAAGAGCGGCCCACAACACACUUAAUUACAGUUCAUAUUACAUUUGGUUUAACGGUGUGGGUGCUGCACUCUGGUUUGUAAAAUAUGGCAUUUUGAAACAUCGGAAAUCGUUUGGCUCAAGGUCAAAUGGUGUAUCCUAUGUUGUAUCCAUUUGAAGUUGCCUGCAAAAGUAUUCAUGGAACAUAUAGAGAGCCAUCAAUUAAAAUUAAUGUGUUUUGUUAACCCUUUAAUCAAAGCAAAAAGAAAAACAACUAUGCACUGAAGAAGCUUCAACAAUUUCCUGGCUGGUUUGAUAUGCAUGAAUGUCAAAGAGAUUUUAACUGUUAACCUACAGUGAAAUCAGGAAGAGUACUAAUAUGUUAAGAGGAUGUGUAAACAUGAUCUGGCUAUCUGCAUACACAGAUACCUCUGUCUGAUAUUUAUAUCAGAAUAGCCACUACAGUAUAUCUUGCUUGCCUUUUUUGCAAGUCCAAAUUUUGAGCCAAAAAGUCGUACCGUUAUGUUGUGGUCAGAGGCUUUCUUCACCAAUUUAUCAUGGUGUUUGCAAGUAAUGCUUAUAUGAGGUUGUGGACAAGUGCAGUAAUUAUGCUACAGGGCAAAGACCUGGAAGAAUUUAAGAAGUCCAGAGAGACAUUGGAAACUAGAAUGCAUUUACAGUUUCAAACCCAGAGAAACGUUUUAAUUCUGACUAUAUGUUAUACAUUGCAGCAAUUGUAACAUGAUUCUUAAAAUACGUAUAGUCACUUCAUACUCACUGAGAAUGCGUAGUGAAACUGAUGUCAAACAUUCACAGAGGCAUUCGUCGCAUUUGUUGUCCAAAUUUUUAGCAUGAAUACUCAAUGCGGCAUCACAAAUUCUCAAUUUGUUUUGUGCUGAGUAUGAACUGACCUGUUGUCUGUGCCAGUCACCAGUUAUAUUAAACACAAUGAACAGAAUAGAGAAAUAAUGAAAUCUUUCAUUAACAAGACUUAAGGAGCAACCUUCCAGCUCCAGGGCCAAGGUUUUGUGACCAGCUGAACUUCCCUUAUUAAAACAAAAAAACCUGCUCCAUUCUGUUCCAAGGCUGCUGUUUUACAUCACGGCACAUAUAUACACAUUAUGCAGCAAGUUACAUCUCACUUUUUAAUUUGGACAUACAUGUAUAUUUGUUAUUUUUGUUUCAAAAUAUAUACUUAGGAGUAUUUGAUGAAAAUUGUGGUUCGAUUUUCUCUUGAGGUGGAUACAUGGUGGGCUCCUUUGAAAGAAAAUUACCCAACCCCUCCCCCCCCCAAAAUGACCCUUAUUACAACACUUCUUCCAUCAACAUGUUGGCAAAAUUCACACACAAGUAUAUCUACAUGCAGUUUCAAAGCAAGUUGGAGCAGGUGUGCAUGGGAAUUUUGCUGGAGGCAAAACAACAAGAGUCUUUCCAAGAUCAGCCCUUUUAAAAAUGUUUUGAUAAUGCGCCAGGUCUAUAUUUUUCCAACAGCGUAUGCUCCACAUGAAACGUGUCCAAGGUCAUUCAGACGCAUGGUUUCACGCGCGUGCUUUGUUCCUGAAUGGCCUUUCUGUUUUGAAAUACUGAACAGGCUCAUUAAUGGCACUUUACGUUGUGGUCCAUUACAAUCUAGUUUGAGUUAUCUUGAUUAGCAAUGGUAAAAUGCACUAAUCAACAAGAUCAUUUGGAGUACAUCAGACAAAGUCCAAAGCCUUUCAACAUUACAAUACCUGUAUGCAGCUUCAGCUCCUAAUGCUGUGCUUCUGUCUCAGACUGGAGCUCAAUCUUUGCUCCAAGGAGUGGUUUGAUAAAAAUAACAAUUAAACCCAGAGUGUAAACACUUACAUAAUUGCAACACUUCUACACAACUUUAACAGCAUUUUCAUCACACAAUUAUAUCACACCAAUGUCUGUAGACUAGUCUUGUGUAGAAUGUUUGAACAAAAUAUGUACAACCAUCGCUAUAAAAAAAGUAAAACGCGGAAUAUAAGAAAGUGUACACAAACUUGUUAACGUUAAUUUCAGACAUAAAAGUAGCAGAGAAAAUGGUAGGCAAGGGUUAUGUCCCCCAACCAAACAAAAGGUAUUCCUCUUGUAGCAAGUGGUGGAAUACUGCUUAGUUCCUGGCCAACCAGGGUCUAAAAUUUGACCUUUUUGAGGCAAUUUCAGAUUUCCUUGUACCGUAAGCAGACGGCUAUUUCAGCAACUUAUUUGUUAUGUGCCGCUACAUUUCUGCUCUUAUACCUGCCUUAAUUGUGUCCCCCUCCCCCCCCC